AAAUUAUUAGUAAUGUACUUUUUUUUAAUAUAUGCCUACAUAGGUAUACUAUGAUGUACAAUUAAAUAGGCCUCCUUUAUGCUUUACCAUGGAAAAAAUAAAAGACCCCUAAACCAUGGUCAAGAAUCAUCUAAUAGGGUACCAAAUCGAAACCAAAUGUAUAAAUGGUUGAACAUAUGAUUUUUGCUACCACGAUACAAAAAAAUAAAAAAUAAAAAAAAGAGAAAAAAAAAACAAAAAUCGAAUCCUCUGUUUUUGGCAUUUGCAUGGCUGUGAAUGCAGCCUCUAUGCUCAACCGUCUCCUUCAAUACAAAACCCAUAAACCCCAAAACCAACCCAACAGCCUCAAAUCCGUAACCCAAUCAAUCCUCACUCACCUCAAGUCUGGUCGUCUUCAAAAAGCCGUUUCUAUCCUGUUUGCUUACCCUGAACCUUUCCCUCACUCUCUUUACGCCCGUCUUUUCCACCUUUGUUCCGCAAACGAUGCUAUCGUUGAAGCCCGAAAGCUUGAAUCGCACUUAGUCACCUUCUGCCCUUUGCCUCCAGUGUUCCUCUUGAACCGCGCUAUUGAAACCUAUGGGAAAUGCGGGUGUUUGGUUGACGCAAGGGAACUGUUUGAUGAAAUGCCUGAACGCGAUGGGGGUUCCUGGAAUACCAUGAUAACAGCGUAUGCACGAAAUGGGUUUCAAGAGAAGGCUUUGUGCUUGUUUUCGGAGAUGAAUAGGGAAGGAAUUUUUCCAAAUGAGAUCACAUUCGCUAGUGUUUUGGGCUCUUGCGGUGCUGUUUUAGAGCUUGUCCUUUCGAGGCAAAUUCACGCAAUGGUUGUGAAGUAUGGUUACUCUAACAAUGUUGUUUUGGGGAGUUCACUUGUUGAUGUUUAUGGGAAAUGUGGAGUUAUAAGUGAUGCAAGGCGGAUUUUUGAUCAGAUUGAGAAUCCAAAUGAUGUUUCGUGGAAUGUGAUUGUUAGACGGUAUCUUGAGAUAGGGGAUGGAAAAGAGGCAGUAUCUAUGUUUUUUAGGAUGUUCCGAGAAGAUUUUACACCUUUGAAUUUUACAUUCUCUAAUGCUCUUGUUGCUUGUUCAAGCAUGUCUGCACUUAAGGAAGGGAUGCAAAUUCAUGGAGUUGUGUUUAAGAUGAACUUUGAGAGGGAUAAAGUUGUUUCCAGUUCACUUAUUGGUAUGUAUGUGAAAUGUGGGAUAUUAGAGAGUGCUCGUAUGAUAUUUGACCAACUUGGUUCCAAGGAUUUGAUUUCUUGGACUGCAAUUAUGUCAGGGUAUGCUAUGAGUGGGAGAACUAGAGAGGCAAGGGAGCUCUUUAAUAUGAUGCCUGAACGAAAUGUAAUCUCAUGGAAUGCAAUGCUGGCAGGGUAUACUCAUUUGUUUCAAUGGGAAGAUGCCUUGAAAUUUGUUUUUCUUAUGCGCAGAAUGACCAAAGAAAUUGACCAUGUGACUCUUGUGUUAAUUUUAAAUGUCUGUGCUGGCAUUUCAGAUGUUGAAAUGGGGAAACAGGUUCAUGGAUUUAUCUACCGACAUGGGUUCUGUUCCAAUAUCUUUGUUGGUAAUGCUCUUCUCGACAUGUAUGGCAAAUGUGGGACCUUGAACAGUGCCAGAGUUUGGUUUUACCAAAUGAGUCAGGAGAGAGAUACGGUUUCUUGGAAUGCUUUGUUGACUAGCUAUGCUCGGCAUCAUCGGAGUGAGCAGGCUAUGACAUUUUUUAAUGAGAUGCAAUGGGAGUCAAGACCAUGCAAAUUUACCUUUGGAACCCUACUGGCAGCUUGUGCAAAUAUGUUUGCACUUAAUCAUGGCAAACAAAUCCAUGGAUUCAUGGUUAGAAAUGGUUAUGAGCUGGAUAUGGUGAUCCGAGGAGCUUUGGUCGACAUGUAUUGUAAAUGUCGUUGCGUUUUAUAUGCUCUCACGAUUUUCAAAGAGGCAGCUUCACGUGAUGUGGUUCUUUGGAACACCAUGAUUUUUGGAUGUUGUCAUAACGGAAGGGGCAGAGAGGUACUUGAAUUGGUUGGCUUGAUGGAGGAGGAAGGUGUCAAACCAGACCAUGUCACCUUUCAAGGUAUUCUGCUUGCAUGCAUAUGUGAGCAUGAAGCUGAGCUGGGUAAGCAGUAUUUCAAUUCAAUGAGCAAUGACUAUUGCAUUAUACCCCGGUUGGAGCACUAUGAGUGUAUGAUUGAACUCUAUAGCCAGUGUGGGUGCAUGGAGGAGCUCGAGAAAUUUAUUAAGAGUUUGCCAUUUGAGCCAACCGUUGCAAUGUUGACUAGAGUCUUUGAUGCAUGCGAAAAGCAUGGUGCUGUGAGGUUUGGAGAAUGGGCUGCUGAACAACAUAAUCAAUUGAAUCCAUCUACCCUACUAAGAUUUGAACUCAAGGACAGAAGGAAAAUGGGUAGGUAGGGAAUUGUUGACAGAUAGUAGUUGUGUUCUGCAGUUGCCUAGGCCAUAGGCAACUAGAAUGGGAACAUAGUUCUCCAGAAAUGCCCUCAUAUAAGAAUGCCAAGGGUUAUUACAUCACGUGCGAGAACUCAACAAUGUGAAGUGGCAAAACCUGAAGUCAGUUACUCAUGUGACGACUGCUGUGAGGCAGUAUAUUCAGACUGCUUGGCAAGUCACAAAUGGAAACAGAAUGCAUAAUGCCAUUUUUAGGAAAACUUGGAAGGAAUGUAAGCAUACAUUGUGCUGUUACCUGAACAUUAGAGCUCAAAUCUACUUCAGAAGCUGAAUUAAGAGCAACUACACAUGCUGAUUAAUAAGAGAUGCUCGGAGUGCAUUCAUGCACCUGGGACGAAAGUUAGAAAGUAAAUGUUUCAGCAGAACUAAUUCCUGCAGCAUAAAGUUCAAGUUCGUUGCAUGCUUCCUUGAUCAGAUGCUGCACUCCUCCAAACUUUUGAAAUUUGAAGUCUGGCAUCAAGUUUUCGAGAACCAAAGUUUGUAGGCUCCUCUGUGCGUUCUUCAAUCCUUUAAUAGCUCUGUAUAGUCUUGUUAUUCACGUAAAUUGUAAUAUUCAAUCUUCGCUGCAGAGGAGUGUAGAAUCUUGAGGAAUUUUUAACCCUCCGUAACAUGGAAAACCAGACAUUACUGUAUAUUCUUUA